AUGGCUGGAAGAGGUCGUGGAAAUGGGAAUGCAUCAAGAGGAAGAGACUCACUUGUUGUAGGACAAGUGAUUGGAGAUGUGUUAGAUCCUUUUGUUAGGUCGGUUCAUCUAAGAAUUACGUAUGAUAGUAGGGAUGUUAUCAAUGCUUGUGAGUUUAGACCGUCUCAAAUUGUUCAACGACCAAGGAUUGAGAUUCUUGGUAGUAAUCCUAUCGCUCUCUAUACAUUGGUGAUGGUGGAUCCUGAUGCUCCAAGCCCAGGCAAUGCCACUGAAAGAGAAUACUUGCAUUGGUUGGUGACCAACAUACCAGCAAACGGAGGCAUUGUUUAUGGGCAAGAAAUAGUGCCAUAUGAAGGGCCAAGACCAUCAGUGGGAGUACAUAGGCUUGUAUUUGUAGUAUUUCAACAAAUGGAGAUGCUGGCAAUAAGUGCACCAGGAUGGCGUCAAAAUUUCUUCACUAGAGAAUUUGCAGAAUUGUACAAUCUUGGUCUUCCUGCUGCUACCAUGUACUUCACUUGUCAAAGAGAAGGUGGCUAUAGAGGAAGAAGAUCACAAUAA